AUGUCUGAACCUAAAAUAACCAUGUCGUUAGAUAUUGAACCAGACUCAAGAAGAAUUAACUUACUAAUCCUUGACCAUAGUGUUCAUAAAUUUUUGCCGGUGGAAGUUUCAAGUGCUAUAGAGUUGGUUAAACGUGGUUAUAAAGAUUUAUUGAACCCAUACAUGAUUUUUUAUAUUGAUGUUUGUAAAGGGUUCACUAUUGCAAAAUCAAAUAGAAAUUUUAGUAAAUUUUCGGAUUCUUUUAAAGAUAUACCACAUCUUUGGGAUAUCGCACCUAGUGUCGUAAAGGAAGAUACCUAUGAACAACUUUAUAUUAGUUAUAGGAAUUUAAAACCAAGAACUAUAAAAUUUGUAUCUUGUAACCCCGAAAUUGAAGAUAACCAACAGGAUUUGAUUUCUUACCCGGGAGUGAUUAAUCAACCAGAAGUUGCUCAAGAAAUUGUUCAAGAUUUGAUUGUUCGAUCACAAGAUAUAAUUGCUCAAUCAGGAGAGACUGGAGUUUUCCAAGACUAUUCUCUUUCUCAAUCAGAUAAUAUGGUCACUCAUCCAGGAGGAAUUCAAUAUGACUUUAUUGAUGAUCUUUUAGCAUUAUAUGACGUGAAUAAUUAUAAUUUCGAACAUUUUGAAUUUUUUGAAUUUCCUCCUCCAAAUAAUGAUCCUCCAAAUAAUGAUCAUGGUAUUGAAACAAUUUAUCGACUACAGCUAGGGAUUGGACCCGGGUCAUCUGGCAGAUGGGUCAUCGGGUCACCCGGAUGA